AUGGCCAAGAGCAAGAACCACAGCUCUCACCACCAGAGUAACUAUCUCUUUUGUCAUAUAUUUCUUCUCAGAUCGAAAGCAGCACAGAAACGGUAUAUACCGGCCCAAAAAGCAGCGAUACCCCUCUUUGAGUGGCGUAAGUUGCUUGUUAGUAUAAUAAUUCUCUGACCACUAAAUAGGUUGAUCCGAAAUUCUUGAGGAAUAUGCGGUUCGCAAAGAAGCAUAACAAACGUUCAAAGAAAGUGUAAUUGAUAAAUAAACUUAUGGUCUAAAUUCCGUGUUUGCUGCACUAGAAUAACUCGUCCUCGACCAGGCUCACCUGUUCGUCCUUUGCCAGUUGACACGAUACUGCCACUUCCUUGCUACUCAUAG